UGCACUUUUGGGGCACCGUGCGCGCUAGCUGCGAUGGCAGAGCCGGCCCCCGCGGCGUGGCCUUCAGCCCCGGAGCUGACUCCGGCGCUGGGGACCACGAGCGAGGCUGCCCCUGCGCGGGACAACUGGGUGUUCUGGGCCAUGCUGCCGCCGCCGCCACCUCCUCUGUCGUCGCCGGCCGCGCGGUCCGAGCCGAGCCAGCCGGGGCAGCCCCACGUGCAGACUCAGCCUCUCCCCGGAACGCUUCCCCCGUUCGAUGCUCAGAUUCUCCCCGCGGCGCAGCCCCCUUUCGAUGCCCAGGCCCCGCAGGAUGUCCAGCCUCAGUUCGGCGGCCAGCCGGUCUGGAAUUAUCCAAGCUCGACGCCCUGGUACUGGGGGCUGUCUCCUAAUGGUUUUCCCACCUACCACACGCCCUACCACCCUCCGGUUACACAUUCUUAUUAUCCACGAACACAUGAUGCAAAAUUCAGUGACUUCAGUUUUCCUCAAAACAGAAAACAGAGAAAGAAGAAAAAAAAGGAACCGGUUUUCCACUUUUUCUGUGAUACCUGUGAUCGUGGCUUUAAAAAUCAAGAAAAGUAUGACAUACACAUGUCUGAACAUACAAAAUGCCCUGAAGUAGAUUGCUCUUUUAGUGCGCAUGAGAAGAUUGUCCAGUUCCAUUGGAAAAAUAUGCAUGCUCCUGGUAUGAAGAAGAUCAAACUGGACACUCCAGAGGAGAUUGCAAGAUGGAGGGAAGAAAGAAGAAAAAACUACCCAACUUUGGCCAAUAUUGAAAGGAAGAAAAAGUUACAACUCGAAAAGGAGAAAAGAGGAGAAGUGUUGACAACGACACAGUAUGGCAAAAUGAAGGGCAUGUCCAGACAUUCACAGAUGGCCAAGAUCAGAAGUCCUGGUAAACAUCAUAAAUGGAAAAGUGCCGGGGCUAGACAGAGAACAGUCACUGGACUAGGCAAUCGUGCCAGAGAGCCAAAGCCUGAAGCUCCAUCCAAGGUUAUUGUAGACCCUCUCAGUGCUUUGAUACACAGUGACUCUGAGUCUGAUAAGGAAGAGAAACCACAAAGGACUAUAGUGCCUAAGGAGGUGACUCCAGCCUUAUGUUCGCUGAUGAGCAGCUAUGGCAGUGUUUCCGGGUCAGAGAGUGAACCAGAAGAAACGCCCAUCAAGACUGAGGCAGAUGUUCUGCAAGAACACCAGGUUCUUCAGAGCAGCCCCCCCAAGAGCCCAAGACAAAGUGUUAAAUCACCUGGCAGAACUGUCUCAAGAGCCAGGUGGGGGGACCACCAGAGGAAUGGUUUCAGAAAGAUAAUCCUGAAGCGGAAAAAGGGUCAUCACCACCCAUUAUUUGAGCCAAGAACACGCCACCCAUAUCUCCUGGAAAUGCUUCUGGCUCCAGACAUUCGACAUGAAAGAAAUGUGAUUUUGCAGUGUGUUCGAUAUAUCAUCAAAAAAGACUUUUUUGGACUUAACACUAAUUCUGUGAAAGCUGAAGAUGUGUAAAUGCCUCGUGUUUCUGCACAGCAAGUGAGGCUGUGAGAGAGCUCCGUCCUUGAGUAAACAGAGGAAACCAACAAUUUCUAAAGACGGGAUCAGAAAUUAAACUGUAAGACAAGUGGGAUGCUACAUUGGAUUUUAAGUCUGUCUUUUGGCUUUAUGCAAAUAAAUGCACAGCUGGUCUUUUUAAA